ACCGGAGCUCACUUUGUUCUGGUUUCGUAGGUGGUAAUAGACUCUCCUUUUAUCUUUGAGAGUCGAUUGAUUGAUCGGGGGAGAGCAUUCCUUCAGUUCGAAACAGGAAUGUGGGUGACCACAUCGGACUGGACUUACAGAGUUUAAAGUGUAGGUAGAAGGAGGUGGUGUUUUGUGGAGAUGAAAAGUCUGGGCAAAGUACAGGGAAGAACAGAGCAGUUUAUGGGAUUUAUGACGGAAAAAGUGAGAAGUUUGGGAUCAUCGGGAGCACAGGAGGUCUCUGAUUUUACAGAUAAGUUGCUGUCUGAUGAGCAGGAUAUGAGUAUGGAACUAAAGUUUCGGAGAAAGUCCAUCACGACCAUUUGGAGAAGCAACACAUUUGAAUCGUACUCUGUUGCGGGCAGUGAUGGCAGUAUGACCCCCUCCGCUCCUCAGCAGACCUCGGGGGGUUCCAGUCCCUGCUCUCAGUCACUGUCUGGGGGCGCACGCAGCCCCGUCAACAGCCUCAAAAAGUGGCUGUCUAACCCCAUCCGGAAGCUCAGUGUGGAGGGGCGUCCCGGGAGCCUGGUCAAACAGACGAGCCCGAAAGAAGAGGGGCAGACACCGACCCAAAAACACAACCACACAGUCAUCAUCCCAUCAACAGAUACGAUGUUUAAAGACGGUUCAUCGAGUCCCGUCUCUCCUUCUCCCACACAAACAUCAGCUCCAAACUACUUCAGUGACCUUCUGCAGGGAACAGCCCCAGACAGCCCAGGCCACACCAGCCUCUCCACGCUGCCAGGUGAAAACAACAGUCCAGGGAAUGACGAUAUUUCAAACCCGUGGUCGUCUCCAGCUGACACAGAGGAAGCCAGAGCAGCGGCGUAUGAGAAAAGCCUAUAUGUGCUGACGGAGCUGAUCGAGACCGAGAGGCUCUAUGUGGAAGACCUGGGACUUAUUGUAGAGGGCUACAUGACAGCUAUGACAAACCAGGGCAUUCCAGAAGAAAUGAAGGGAAAAGACAGAAUCAUCUUUGGUAACAUCCACCAGAUUUACGACUGGCACAAAGAUUAUUUCCUGGGAGAGUUGGAGAAGUGUGUGUCUGACCCCGAUACUUUGGCGCAGCUCUUCAUUAAACAUGAGCGACGUCUCCACAUGUAUGUGGUCUACUGCCAAAACAAACCCAAGUCUGAAUACCUUGUCUCUGAGUUUAUUGAAACCUUCUUUGAGGAUUUGAGACAGCAGCUUGGUCACAGGCUGCAGCUCAACGACCUCCUCAUCAAACCUGUUCAGAGGAUCAUGAAAUAUCAACUGUUGCUCAAGGAUUUUCUGAAGUACUACAGCAAAGCAGGAAGAAAUGUGGAGCAGCUACAGAGAGCGGUGGAGGUGACAUGCUUCGUGCCCAAACGCUGUAACGACAUGAUGAAUGUGGGCCGGCUGCAGGGCUUCGAGGGUAAGAUCACAGCUCAGGGUAAACUCCUCCAGCAGGACACAUUCUCGGUGACGGAGGAGUUGGAGGGGGCCGUCCUGAACCGGAGCCGUGAGAGGAGAGUCUUUCUGUUUGAACAACUGGUCAUCUUCAGCGAGCCCAUCGACAAGAAGAAGGGACUUUCUCUGACCGGAUACACAUUCAAGAACAGUAUUAAGGUGAGUUGUUUGGGCGUGGAGCAGCUGUCAGACGAGGAUCCCUGCUGUUUGGUGCUGACAUCACGUGGUACAAACGGCACAGUGACGCGGUUCAUCAUGACCACCCCGUCUGUGGAGGUGCAGAGGGCCUGGAGGAGUGACGUGGUCCAGAUACUAGAGACACAGAGGAACUUUCUCAAUGCGCUACAGUCCCCGAUAGAGUAUCAGCGUCGUGAGGGGAAGUCGUGCAGUUUGGGCCGGAGCUCGAAGCCUCAGACGGCCUCAGCCUCAGAGCUUCGCCCCCACUCCUCCGGCUCCAUGGACUGCCACCAGAGCCUCCUGUUCUACAACACCUCUCUGCCCACACUGCACCCACAACAGCACUGCCCUGCAAACAAAACAAUUUCAACCCCCUGUGAAGCACAUCGAUCGCUCUCCGUUUCUGAUAAAAUGUUUCCAGCAGCGUUCAGUGGACUGCCACCUUCAGGACAGGAUACAACCACUAGUUUCCAGGAAGACAAUUUUCAGCCCGGGACAAUGCACCGGCAGCAGUCUCUGGACGCAAAAUGAAUGUGUUUCAUCUCCAGACUCUGCUGUGCUCUAAGUCACGUUCAGAUUUGCUGCUUUUAUUUUCACUAUCUGUCCUUGUUUUGAAUUCUUUGGAUAUUCUUUUAGCAUGUGUGGGUUUGGGAAAGUGGUGAGAUUAAAGGUCUAUAAAAGCA